AUGUUCCAGCUUGUGCUUCCCCUGCUUCUGGUCUUGUGUAGAGUGUGUACCGCUUUUACUCACACGUUACACUUUGACAUUUCAUGGCUUAACGUUACUUUUGCGGGGGACAAUGGGGAGGAGCAUAUCAAAGAGAUGAUUGGUGUUAACGGGCAAUGGCCCUUGCCUGAGAUCCACGUCGAGAAGGGCGACCGAAUUGAGCUGUACUUGACUAACUCUCUCGACGACGAAACACCAACCUCGCUUCAUUUCCAUGGGCUGUUCCAUAAUACCUCGCUGGGGAACAUGAACAGUAUGGAUGGUCCUGCCAUGGUGACACAGUGUCCGCUGGUACCCGGUUCUACGUUCUUUUACAAUUUUACGGUCCCAGACCAAGUGGGUACCUAUUGGUAUCAUGCACAUUACGGUGCCCAAUACGGUGAUGGGUUUAGAGGUGCGUUUAUCAUCCAUGAUCCGGACUGCCCCUUCGAAUUCGAUGAGGAUAUCACGAUAACUGUUUCUGAUCUUUACUACAAGAACUAUCUGGAUACUACGAAGGAGUUUAUGAGCAGGUAUAACCCAACGGGUGCAGAGCCAAUCCCUCAAAGUUUACUGUUUAACGACAGUUUCCACGGGGAGUUGAAUUUUCAACCCGGUAAAAAGUAUAUGUUGAGGUUCGUCAAUACAGGGUUGUUUGUUUCUCAAUACAUUACGUUAGAGGACCACAUAUUUACGAUCGUGGAGGUAGACGGCACAUAUGUGACCCCUACUACAACAAACGUUUUAUAUAUUUCAUCAGGACAACGGAUGGCAGUGUUAGUUGAGGCAAAGGAAACUGCUACUAAAAAUUACGCCCUGAUGCAGAUAAUUGACGAAACCAUGCUUGAUGCGAUUCCAGCGGAUCUGAAACUAAAUGUUACCAACCAAGUGACAUACAACAAGCUUUUACCCGUGGCAGAAUCAAUGUUCAACAGACUAGAAGAGUUCCCUUUUUUAAACUCCUUGGAGGAAAAUGCUACAAAUGACUUUUAUUUGAAACCCUUGGAGUCCUACCCGUUGUACGAAACAUACUCUCGCCAGGUCGUAUUUGACGUCAAAAUGGCCAACCUAGGUGACGGGAUCAACUAUGCGUUUUUCAACGACAUCACGUAUACUUCUCCCAAGAUUCCAACCCUCACGACAGUUUUAACUUCCGGGAAACUUGCCAGCGACCCCAGGAUAUACAGCGAAAAUAUCAAUCCGUUUAUCUUACAGAAAAACGAAAUCGUCGAGAUUGUUUUGAACAAUUAUGAUACUGGAAGACACCCAUUUCAUUUGCACGGGCAUAACUUCCAAAUUGUACAAAAAUCGAAGGCAUUUAAUCAAGAUGAAGAAGGUAUUUUACCUCAGGAACAGAUCACUGUUCCUUAUAAUGAGUCCAAUCCUCUCAUGAAGUUUCCGGCUAGGCCCAUGAUGCGUGACACAGUGGUAUUGGAACCUAAUGGUCACGUCGUGCUAAGAUUCAAGGCCAAUAAUCCUGGUGUUUGGAUAUUCCACUGUCAUGUUGACUGGCAUUUACAGCAGGGUCUUGCUGCCGUGUUCAUCGAACAGCCAGAUAUAUUGCAAACUCGUGAAACACUGAAUGAGAACUACAAAGAAGUAUGCAGUGCAAUUGGGAUGCCAAAUGAGGGGAACGCUGCAGGCCAUUCUGAUGACUGGCUGAAUAUGGAUGAUCUACCAAGGCAACCCAAAUCAUUGCCAAAUGGGUUCACUUUUAAGGGUUACUUUGCAUUUGUCGUCUCAACACUGGUCGGGCUAGCGGGUCUUUGGACUAUUACGAGGUACGGGUUAUCCGAGGUGAUUCCAGACGAUGAAAAGGUCUACAAUAGUCUAAAAAAACUACUAGACGAAAACAACAUUUCAUAUUAG